GAAGGUAUGAUACGAGUCUUCACUCGAGUCUCACAGCGCACACAAUUGAAAUAACAAACUUCCAUUCCUUCCAAAGCACGCUUCCACUUCCUUCCUUCUCCGCUUCACAUUUCAACUCCACACUCUGCCCGUUAUGCGUCGUCCUAACGGCUUCACCUUGCAGCUCUGCGUCGGCUGCCGCUGCUUAAUCUUCCAGCUGGCGCACGCCAACGCUGCGCCGCGGAACCUCCGCGGCUUCCUUUUGGACCACCGCGUGACGUUCGCCGGGUUCUGGAACCACUCGGAUCGCCGGAAACUGGAGAACUCCUGGCUCGGCCUCAGGAUGCGUACGGACCCUGUGGAUCUGAGGUUGUGCACGGAGACCGACGGCGGCUGUAGCCUGAAGGGCGCUUCGGUUAACACGAUUGUGGAGGAGUGUCUCGGCUUUGAAGUGGAGCAGAGGAAAGAGAUCGGCAUCAGCGAUUGGGACGAAGAGUUUCUGAGCCAUGAACAGGUUGAGUAUGCGACCGUUGACGCUCAUUGUGCUUUCCUCAUCGCUAGGGAUUCCAAAGUUUGGAAUUUCAGGGAUUAGCUCGAUGGAUGAAGAAGCAUGUGACGGAGAAGAGGUUUUCACCGAUGAUGAUGAAGAUGAAGAUAUGACUACGAUAAUGAAUAUUAAUUGAAUGAAAUGUGUACUUAAUCCUAGACACGUAACUUUGAUUUGGGAUUAAUGUGAAUAAUACUAUGUUUUUAACUUUUAGACUAUAGAAGAGAUUACCACAUUGGGCCUUAUUUUAACUUAUUGUUGAAUUAUUGAAUCAUGCAUCCAUCUAAAAUAAUAGAAAAAUAUUGAAUCAUGCACAUAAAAAGAUAAAAUUAAAAGAUGAUCAUCAGACAAAGGAAUAGAGAGAUUUAGAUACUGCAUGCGAUUUCCAAAUUCCAACAUUGUGAACACAGAAGACAUAUUGUACAGAGAGCAGAGAUAAUAACUUUUUAAGAAAGGUAAAAGAUUAGAAUCAGCUAGUUGGAGAAACAAACCAUAUGAGGAAGCCUUACUUAUUUGGUAGUCUACUACUCUUUUCACUUUACAUUCACUGCUACAGGAACAUAAAUAUUAUUAUCACACUAUCUAUACAGAGUUGAAUCACCAAUCAAACUACGCUGAGAUGCAAGGUAUGGAGAUUGGCUUCUUGGGUUUUUAGCCUCUAUAAAUAAUAGCCAUUAUUGAAGGCAGAAGCAAUGUAAUCUGCUUCAUGCUCAAUCCAUCAUUAGCUUCCCUCUAUGUUAUUAUUUGUGAGCUUUGUUUUUUUAGUUACUUAAUAGUGAAAGUUUAGCAUGCACCAAUUAAUUUAGUACCGAGAGAUAUUUAACAUGCAUUUGAAAUUUGACAUUUGAUUGGAGUAUUAUUACUUUGUUAUGACUUUAUUAGAUAUUUGAAUUAAGUUGUCACUUAAUUUUGAAUCUUUGUUAGUUUAACAUAGAUUUUUUAAGUUGAACCACACUAAUUCUUUUGUUAGCAUAGGAGUAGCUAGGCAUUCCUACCUUAAGAAUUUGACAAAUAUAUAUUGGUGCAGCAUAUAUGUUUAGUAUUUGCAGAGAGAUAUUUGAUUCUAUCUUGCAGAAAGGGAUUGGUGGUGUGCCAUGAAUCGUUGAUAGCUUUGGAUGUCCAAGCUUGGCUUUGACAAUAAUGAUGAUGAUAGAUACUUAGAUAGAUAGAUUCACAUACUAAAUAUCACUGUUUGUAGUAUUGAAAUAUUAUGUAUAUGGUAUCUUACUUUGUGAUCACAUCAUAAGGUGACAGAGUCAAAGUAACAACCCUUACUAAUAAUGACCUUUGCUCU